GCUCCACUGGAUCAGACGAAAAGCUUGGGCGAUGGAUGAGAACAAGAAAUCGAGGGUGACUCCAAUAGGCUCUCGUCUCUGAGUCUCACCUUCUAACACUAUGGCAUGGCCGACCAACUAACCUCAAAUUCAACAUCGCGUCUCCUCGUUCCUGGGUGUUCUUACUUCAUCAUCUUCCGGGCAUCCAUCAGUGAAUUACUGCGUGUGAGUACUACAUUUCGAGCACGUUUAUGCAGGCUGUAUGCUCAGUUCUUAAACAGUAUAUUUUGUUCGAUGCUACUCGUAAUCCAGCCCUCCGCCUACCUAUUUACACCACGUUACGCCGCCAACAAUGGAAAGCUCGAGACUCUGCGUCUAUCCAGAAAAUAUGUCGAGCACGGGCCUGCAGAACUCGACCAAGCACGGCUCGAACGGAAGAUACAUCUUCUGUCAUUUGCGUCACUGAAUUUGCACGCGUCGGGCAUGACCUGCCCUACUCAGAGGUCGCGUCAAUACUUCAUAUUGAACUGACUGAAGUGGGCGAUCGAUGGUAUGUCCUAUUGACAUCCUGUCGUUUAUGACGAUCUCAAAUAAUCUUUGAAUAGUGAUUCGUACCGGUCUUUUUUUUAGGCAAGCUCUCGCAGAUUUCUCAAUCUAUACACGUUUACCGUUCGUCAGCGCGCACGUUUGAGCGAGAGCAAUGGGAGGUACUGGAAAAGCGUCUUGGUGCGUGGAAAGCGGGCCUAGCGAGCGUGCUGGAGGUUGUUACUA